GUUGCUUAAGCUUUAUGGCAGGAAAGGAAUUUAUGAUGAAGCAUUAAGCAGUUUCUUUAGGAAUGUAGAUACAAGAAGCGGUGGUGAUGGUCCUGAUAUUUACAAAGGAAAAAUCUGCUCUUUAAAAGCACGAGCACUGUUGAUUGACAUGGAGGAGGGCGUGGUAAAUGAAAUUCUGCAGGGACCAUUGGGGGAUGUGUUUGAUAGCAAACAGCUUAUCACAGAUGUUUCUGGGUCAGGAAACAACUGGGCUGUGGGUCAUAAGCUAUAUGGCUCCCAGUAUCAGGAAAACAUUGUGGAAAAGCUGAGGAAAGCUGCAGAACACUGUGACUGUCUACAGUGUUUUUUUAUAAUUCAUUCUAUGGGAGGUGGGACAGGAUCUGGUCUUGGAACCUUUGUACUAAAGUUGCUUGAGGAUGAAUUCCCAGAAGUAUAUAGAUUUGUUACUUCAGUUUAUCCCUCUGGUGAAGACGACGUUAUUACUUCUCCCUAUAACAGUGUUCUGGCUAUGAAGGAGCUCAAUGAACAUGCAGACUGUGUGCUACCAAUAGAAAAUGAAUCUCUGUUUGAUAUAGUUAAUAAAAUUCAUCAGUUGGCCAAUUCUGGGAAGCUAGGAUCAACUGUGAAGCAAAACAGUUUGGUAACAUCAAGUGCAGGGAAUGCAAAAACUGUACAAGAAAAGCCAUUUGAUGCAAUGAAUAAUACUCUGAACCUGACAAGCUCUGCUAGGUUUGAAGGUUCCCUUAACAUGGAUCUUAAUGAAAUCAGCAUGAAUUUGGUUCCGUUUCCUCGGCUUCAUUACUUGGUUUCAAGUUUGACUCCUCUGUAUACGUUGGCUGAUGUUAAUGUACCUUCUAGAAGGUUGGACCAGAUGUUUUCAGAUGCUUUCAGUAGAGAUCAUCAACUAAUUCAAGCAGAUCCAAAGCACAGCCUCUACCUUGCCUGUGCACUUCUCGUUCGAGGAAAUGUGCAGGUUUCAGACCUUCGCAGAAAUAUUGAAAGGUUGAAGCCUUCCCUGCACUUCAUCUCCUGGAAUCAAGAGGGGUGGAAAACUGGUUUGUGUUCAGUACCUCCUGUGGGCCAUUCCCAUUCUCUUCUGGCUUUAGCAAACAACACAUGUGUAAAACCAACUUUCAUUGAACUCAAAGACAGAUUUAUGAAGCUCUACAAGAAAAAGGCUCACCUUCACCAUUAUCUGCAUGUAGAUGGGAUGGAACAAAGCUGUUUUUCUGAAGCCAUAUCAUCUUUGUCUGACCUAAUAGAAGAGUACAAUGAACUGGAUGCCACAAAAGGUGGGCCUAGAACAGAUCCAUCAAGACUGAAGAUAGCUGUUUGAAGAAGGAGGAAUUGAUUUAAAAAGAAAAAAAGAACCCCCCCCAUGCAUCCAACUACUUCAAUUAAACAGAAUGAAUUGAAGCAUGUUGAGCUAUCGUAAUUCCAAAGUGAGACUGGGACAAUGGCUUCCUUGGCUCUGAAAGGCAUUGUAUGAAGUGACAGGCCCAGACUGUAAGAAAGAUUUGAAGGCACCUAAUUA